ACGCGUCCCCGCUAGAGUUGCUCGGCAGAUCAGGCGCGGCUGCCCUCGGCGGGGGCGAAGCUGUGGCAAUGGCUGGUGGCUCCUUAGCCGGAGUCGAGCCUCGGCGCCUGAGGCGGAGCCCGGAUUAGGAAAAGCUGAGGCGGCGGCGGCGGCGGCAAUAAUUUCCUCCAUCCCCUCAUUUACCUCAGCCUCCCCGCCGUGAGGAAAGGCCCCUCGCGCCCUCUUCGCUUUCCUUCCCUGGCUGGGUGGGGAUGAGGCGGCAGCCCGGCGGAGGAGGCGGUGGCGGAGGGGGCAGCAGCAGCAGCAGCAGCGGCGCCGGCAGCGGCGCGGGCGGCGACAACAACAACGACACCGACGACACCGACUUGGAGGGGCGGCCCCCCGCCUAGCCCGGCCCCGCUCCCCCUCCUUCCCCACAGGCUCCCCUCGCCGGGCCUGAAGCGGCGGAGGAUGUCGGAGGAGCCUGACGCGGACAAGAUGAUUAAGGAAACUUCUAUUUUAGAAGAAUACCAUAUUAACUGGACUCAGAAGCUGGGAGCUGGUAUCAGUGGUCCAGUAAGAGUCUGCAUGAAAAAAUCGUCUCAAGAACGGUUUGCACUGAAGAUCCUUCUCGAUCGCCCUAAAGCUAGAAAUGAGGUCCGGCUGCACAUGAUGUGCGCGACACAUCCCAAUAUUGUCCAGAUUAUCGAAGUUUAUGCGAACAGUGUGCAGUUCCCUCACGAGUCAAGUCCAAGGGCUCGGCUCCUAAUUGUAAUGGAGAUGAUGGAAGGGGGCGAACUGUUUCACAGAAUCAGCCAACAUCGGCACUUUACUGAGAAGCAAGCAAGCCAAGUAACAAAGCAGAUAGCUUUGGCUUUGCAACACUGUCAUUCUUUAAACAUUGCGCACCGAGACCUCAAGCCUGAGAACCUUCUUUUCAAGGAUAAUUCUUUGGAUGCCCCAGUGAAGCUGUGCGACUUUGGAUUUGCGAAGGUGGACCAGGGUGACCUGAUGACACCGCAGUUCACUCCUUAUUACGUAGCACCUCAGGUACUAGAGGCACAGAGAAGGCAUCAGAAAGAGAAAUCUGGUAUCAUUCCUACCUCGCCAACGCCCUACACUUACAAUAAGAGCUGUGACUUAUGGUCCCUGGGUGUCAUCAUUUACGUGAUGCUGUGCGGCUACCCACCUUUCUACUCUAAGCACCACAGUCGGACAAUUCCCAAGGACAUGCGGAAGAAGAUCAUGACAGGGAGCUUUGAAUUUCCAGAGGAGGAAUGGAGCCAGAUCUCUGAAAUGGCAAAAGACAUGGUGCGCAAGCUGCUGAAGGUGAAGCCGGAGGAAAGGUUGACAAUAGAAGGUGUCCUGGACCAUCCUUGGCUGAACUCCACGGAGGCUCUUGAUAACAUUUUGCCCUCCGCCCAGUUAAUGAUGGACAAGGCAAUGGUUGCUGGGAUUCAGCAGGCACAUGCAGAGCAGCUGGCCAACAUGAGGAUCCAGGAUCUCAAAGUCAGCCUCAAACCCCUCCAUUCUGUCAACAACCCUAUCCUGCGCAAGAGGAAGCUGCUGGGAACAAAACCAAAGGACAGCGUGUAUAUCCACGAUCCUGAGAACAGCAGUGAAGACUCCAAUGUCGCCCUGGAAAAGCUCCGUGACGUGAUUGCCCAGUGCAUCCUGCCACAGGCUGGUAAAGGUGAGAACGAAGACGAGAAGCUGAACGAGGUGAUGCUGGAGGCCUGGAAAUAUAACAGGGAGUGUAAAUUGUUGCGAGACACGCUGCAGACCUUCAGCUGGAACGGCAGAGGAUUCACAGACAAAGUGGACCGACUAAAACUUGCAGAAAUUGUGAAACAAGUUAUUGAAGAACAGACAAACUCCCAUGACUCUCAGUAGCUGGAGCUGCCUAUUCUUAACAAAGCAAAAACACCCCUCCUUUUUUUUUAAAAACCAUUUGAGAUUUCUCCUUUAAAAUGUAAAAAAGUAUUUUUAUGUAAAUUAAUAAAUCACAAUUAUUUCAUUUAAAUUUUCAUGCAGCUUGAGAAAUGCUGUAUUAUAGAUGUAGAUAAUGAGAAUCAUUGGUACUGUAAUAUUUUUUUAAAAGCUCAGUUCCUCAGAAUAUAUAUAUAUAUAUAUAUAUAAUAUAAUUUUUAUGUACCGUUUAACACAUGACUGUUAGACGGGGCAAAUUAUGAUUGUCUUCUUUUCAAUAACCAGAUGCUGUCUUCUUUCCCUCCAGCUGCCUGUAUCAAAUAGUUAACAGCCUGUAUCACUUAGCCUUGUUCUAUUUCUGCCCUUUGCAUUCAGCUCAGUAAAUUACUUGAACUUAGCACUGAAGGAUACGAACAGCAUGAUUGUCCUUUGUAACUUUUCUUCCAAGGCACCUGCUUUGACGGCAGAAGAGCUGGCUGUGGAGGGUGACCCAAAGACCCUCUAGUCACUGCAGAGGCAGCCUGCCUGCUCCUGGGUCUCUUGAGUUUCAUGCUGCCCCCCUGCCCCACCCACCCUGCUUCUGAAGCUGAAAAAGGACAGAAACCAGCCCUCUAAUCUGGAUAGGUUGGUUUUCUUCCUUUCCUUUUUUUAACAAAUUCAUUUAACAAAGAUCUGUACAUAUUUCUAGUUUUUUAUCUUGCGACACGUUUGCGUUUUACGACUUGACUGAGGACGGUUUUAUAGAAUUAUUUUGGUACAACCCCUUGUGCCGUUUAGCGUGUAAAGUGCCGCUUCAAGGCUUCUUAGGAGCUGUUGACUUUUUCAUGUGGAUACUUUUUCAUUGCUCACUUACUUCUGGGGUUGUUUACACUUGGGUUUCCUGAGCCAUAUUGCCUCAUCAGUUGCUAUGCUCCAUUUUUUUGUCCUUUUACCGCUAUUUCGCUCACUGCUCACUAGCUGCCUCUGCCAUAAUUUUGUGUAAGUCAGGACUGGAACCCUUGCCUAACAAGGAUGCUGUCUCGCUGUGUAACAGCCUUUUUCUUAGUUCUUUCCAACAAUUCCCAGUGGAAAGUAUUAAACUGAUUGGUAAAUUUUAA